AUGAGCAUGUGCUGGGGUGCAGCUGACACGCAGCACCAUGCUGCAAAUCAUGGCUUGCGAUUUGGGAGCCCGCUCUUCUGCAAUCAAAUCACAGACCAUUAUCUGCAAAAAUGGACCAUGCAUGAAGAGAGGGCCUAUCACACGGGCGGCCAACCGACGUUGCAGACGCCUUGCAAGGUCCAGCAUAAUACGAAAGACAAGUUUGAGGCUGUGGCAGGCAGUAUUUCGUUUAACAAGGGGCAAGUACCGUCAAGAGGA